AUGAAUUUCAAUGAUCAAACUAACUGACCAGCUUUUGUUCGGAUGUUUUUAGGUGAAGCUGAUUAAUGUUGGCUUUACAGGGCAGUGACGGUCACCUCAUGUACCAUUGAAUAACUGAGCACCCGACAACCCUUGAAGCUGUUUUAUUUUGAAAGAGCCUAAAGGAAGUUGAUAUGAUGGGUGUGCUCUUUACUUUGUUUUAAAUUCAGCGGUAAUUGCGUGGAAGCGAGUAUUUAGUCAGUGGAACUUGUAAAGCGGCAGACAGAAGAGGAGCGAUCUGAAGCAUCAGGACAGAUCGAGGACAGCGGGGACAGAUCCGGGACAGCGGGGACAGAUCCGGGACAGCGGGGACAGAUCCGGGACAGCGGGGACAGGACAGGAGGAGACAGCAGGUCAUCGCUGCAGACAUGGAGUCCAUCGCGAACUCUGUCCACCAUGUCUCUGUCUGUCCGUCCAGUCAGACGCAUCACAUCCAGGUCCAUCACUAGGAGCCAGAGCUUCACUGGAGUUAACACCCAGGAGAAGCCUUACAGGAACCUCUCGGUGUUCAGCACUCCUGGUAUCAGCAGGAAGUCCAGCCGAGCAAGUGGACUCUUCACUAUGUCUACCAAAGCCAACCCACCACCGAAAGUUCCUCAACCAGAGCGGCUGGAUGAGGUCUACAAUGCCCUGAAAAAAGGCCUCCAGUGAGUAGCUGUCAUGAUUUGGUGGUUUGAGAGGUGGUGAGGAUUAACGCUGAGACCCAGGUUAUGGUGAUGAUGAUGAAUUUAAUA